AAACUAAAAGCGCUUCCAAUGACAUCCGCUCCAUCAUCACAAUUAUUCUGUUCGUCAAAGAACAAUUGCUUGCUUGUCCUCUCUUUUAUUAAUCCCAUCCCAACUCUAGCUAGUACAGUACCUUUAUCAUCACCAUGUGGAAGUCUCGCCACCAGCUUCUCUUGAGCUUGCUAUUCUUGCUUCAUGUCUCCAGCAAUGGAUUUCUCAGCCAUGCCCCGUCCGGUCGCUCUUCUUUGGCCCUGUCCAUGAUCACCAGCAGCAGCAGCGACGAUACCCAAAAGUUGCUGGAACGGGCGGCCCAACUUCGCGAAGAGGCUAAUACCAUGGAAACGCAAUUGCGAGCCGAACGAGGUACCAGUCGUCCCGUCGUCAUGGAUACCAUCCCCGAGCCGAGGGCACCCACUAUCAAGUACGACAAACUUCCCAAUUCAAAGUGGGAAAUCAAGUAUCGCUUUGCGGAGGAACCGGUCAAGGAUCGAGACGAAGAUGCGGGUCCACUCGAGUACUAUCGUGGCAAACUGGUGCUCCACUUGAGAGAUGAUGGAUACACGGAUAUUUUGUCGGAGGAGGGCGGCGACGACGACGACAAUCGCAUUCGAGUCACCAAAAUCUGGGGAUGGGACGAAGAACUGGUCCAAGAAGAUAAUACGCGCUAUUUAUUGUUUUCCAUGGAUGCCAAGACACCCAACAGCUCCAAGCUACGAUUCUAUUUCCAGGCAAAAUUGGAACAGGAGAGUCGGACAUCCAUUGCGCUCAAAGGCGGGACCGUCACCAUCAAGCAGGAUUUGGCAGAAGAACAGAAAAUGAUGGCAUUUGGAUUCUUUUCCGCCAAGGGCAUUUUGGCCCGAUUCCGAUAUGUGGGCGAAUUCGCCGCAUCUCCCUAUGGCGGUGCUGUGGACAAUAGUGAGGAAAGUUAUUAA